UUUUGUGUAUUUUUCUUAUAAAAACAGAUGACGGACCUUUUCUAUUGAAGCAAAACAAUAAAAUAUCAUAUAAAAUAAAGCUUAGAACUUUUGUCUUGCUUGUCCUGUACUGAGCAUAAGUUUUACAUUUGAGAGUCCAACAACUCAGAGUUGAAAAAGAAGAAUCGCGUGGGGGCUGCUGGCUGUAGCUGUAUGAAGUUGGAGACGACCAAACCAAAACCAAAAGAGUCUCAAAGGAGAGACAAAAAAGACAGAAAAUAAGAGAAAGAAUACUAGCUUUCAUCCAAACAAAACAAAUGAAAAAAGAAAGAAAGUAAAAACUUUCCCUUUCCCUUUCUCGUUUCUCCCUUUUCCCUUUUAAAACUUUCUUUUUUUCUAAUAAUUUUAUCAAAUAACAGCCAAAACCUGAUACCCAAAUUCUCUGUUCUCUUAAAUAGAUCCAUCUCUUUGUGUUUAGGUUCACCAAAGCUCGUGGGGUCCAUAAAAAAUUUUCUGGGUAGGGGCUUUUCAUUGGUUGGCUUUGGCUUUGGUAUUUUUGGCUGUGUGACUGUGACUGUUACUGGGCUAAGAUGCAAUCAAGUGGGUCCGAAACCGCCAGCCCUACUACCCAACGGCUUCAAUCCUUGUCAAUUGCUGAUACUAGAGGAAGACAUAGGAUACAAGCUGAGCUUAAGAGGCUCGAGCAAGAAACUAGAUUCUUAGAGGAAGAGCUUGAACAGCUUGAAAGAAUGGAAAGAGCCUCAGCCGCUUGCAACGAAAUGCUGAGUAAUAUAGAAACAAGACCUGAUCCAUUACUCCCAGUAACACAUGGCCCUCUUAGUCCAUUAUGGGAUCGAUGGUUUGAAGGACCUCAAGAUUCAAAAGGUUGCAGAUGCUGGAUCCUGUGACGAUUAUCGAUAACUACACAACCCUCAUCAUCAUUUGUUAACUACAGCUUUGAUUCACAAGCGUUUACAGUUUUACUGUUUGUAGUCAAAUUUCUAUGAAAAAAAAACUUGUGCAGAUGUUAGUUUACAGCGAUGCUAUAUCAUUUGGCGAGCAGUUAAUGAAAUUGACACCAAUUUGCAGAGUGUAACAAUUUUUCAA